GCCAAAUGUUUUGACAGAGAUAAGCACUUGUCUCUGUUAUUGAUAAAAAAGUAUUUGCUCAACCAUUGAGGCUUUGAGGCUUCUACGUAUAGGAUUGAGGCCGUUUGAGGAUUUUUUGUAGGCAACAAGCUCUAUGACAGACUAUGUUUAAUAAUAGUGGGCAAUGAAUGGAAAAUUUGCUUGGCAAAAAUUCAAUUUAACUGACAGCGAUUUAGCGGCAGAACAAAAUGCAUUUUUUAUUGCUUUUUAUUUUAUUGAGUGCGAUUCCUGCGGCUCCCGCUCCGCAAAAGUGCGAAUUAAAAGAAAUUCAAAGCAUUGCCUGCUACGAUGCGAAACAAAAUCCCAUAAUGGCUGAAUCGGGGGAAGUAAAGUUGAAUGAUAAAAUAAUGGUGGUGGUUACGAGUGAAGAAGAAAUUUGCGCUGAGGCUCGCAAAGUGGUCCUUUUGGUAGUACCCCCUUCAGACGGCAAAUUUAAUAAAAAUAAGCCGGGGCCCAUUUUCGAACUCAAUGGAAAUCAGUUCGUCGUUGAACCGUAUGCUGUUGAAACGGCUGGACCCACCACUUUGAAAGUGUUUCGUUACGAUCAUCACAACAAUGCCGUGAUUGGAAAUGCUGCUGAGUUCAAAUUCAUUGCCACGUUCGUAAAACCUGCGGUCGCACUGCCAGGGGGCUCAGAGGAGUUUUACCCAGCCAACAGAAGAUCGGAGAUUACUACCCGAGCUAAGAACUUGAACAGAAAAGAUCACAGCGCCCAAGACUUGACUUUCAAAUGGAAAUGCAGCGUCAGUGAAGGAAGCGAGUCUGGAUUCUGCGGCCCGUCCUACAUGGACGACUUCAACGACCGGAACACCCUAGUUAUUCCCCCCAGUGCCAGCAAAGUGGAAAACGUAUUUUCGCUUUCACUGCAAGUGGGCCUGAGAGCCGAUGCAGACGAACAGUACACGGCUGUUUCAACCCAAACUGUUCGUUUCGUGCCUCGCGAGGACGGCGGAAGAUUGGACAUCCUGUGCAUAAAAAACUGUGUCCCCAAAGCAGAAGCAACAGUACCAUCCACGCCCCUCAUUCUCAAGGCGCUUUUGAGUGGAUGGACACUCACAUCCAAUGCCUACCUUUGGUGGACUGUUCAAGAUGCAAAAAACUCUGAAAUCGAUUAUGGCAAGUUGAAAUCCCGCAAAGGAGAGCUAUUUUACAUGCUCCCAGGCGGUCUAAAAGAAAGCGAAAAGUACACCGUCAAACUGCAAGCAAUCGGGGGCAGUAGAGAUCGCAUGUCUUCAGAGUUCGAGCUGGACACCACCUUGCCACCAAGCGUCUCAGAUUGCAUGGUGGAACCGUUCAAGGGAGUGGCGUUCCAAACUGAGUUCAAAAUAUUCUGCACUUAUUUUCCCGCUGAGAUUCUCUUUGAAAUAUACGCGAUGGAUAAAGAAAAGGAAACUUUCAUCCGUAAGGGUUCAGGGCGGUUGGAGGACAUGGUUUUUAUGCUUCCAGCCGGAUCUCCAUCCAAGGUGUUAUUAAAAGCGACCUAUUUUAAACUGGGGUAUACUCAAACUAUAGACAAGGGACUGUCUUCCAUGGUUGCACCGUGUUUAGAUCCUGCCAAAAUCGACGAAUCUGCAAGGGAAAAGCUGAAAAAAGCUUCAGAUCAUGCACAAAAUGGGCAUCCAAGUAUCGCUCUGCAAGGUCUAAGCGCCGUUGUUGAGGAAUACUCCAAAGUGGACAAUCCAAAACUGUUGAAAGCUUUGGAUCAGCAAGCGAUUUUUGCCAUUAACAAAAUUAAAUUCGAAUCCUCAGACAGCGCUCAGCAAGCUGUGGACGUGUUGGGGCACAUUGCUGGCAGGUACGCAGUUUCUGAUCCCGAAAUAUCCCUCAGAGCUACUGAGGUCUGCCUCAGAGCCAGCAGAGUGAUAGCGAACGAGGCAAAGUAUGCCAGAGGUGCAGAACUACUACGAACACAAGUCACGCAUAGUGUUAAAUCAUUAGCGACUUGCGCUCAGGCAGGUUUAAACGAGAAUCGGGAAUCCGUAACCAAAAGUCCUCCUCAAGUCUUAGUGCCCUCCACCAAACGUCCUCUAAUGCCUUCUGGAGAUGUUACGGAGGAUUAUGCGGAUUAUACUGAUGAUGAAUUGUCUGCAGACAAUAUAGCGCGGUUUGAGCAAGCGGCUGCAGCUAUGAAAACCAUGUGUUUCACUUCAGCUACUAUGUUGUCGAAUACAAUGGUUCCUGAAGAAGAUCCAGUGGUUACUAAGCAGGGCGCAUUCACCACUGUAGCUGGACGAAUGUAUUGCGAUGAAAUGGCUGCUGGAUCGAUGCAGGCGAAUGAUAUAGUGGUGCAGCCAUCUGAAGAGUGUCUGCAGCAAAACGUCCCUAUUGUGGACAUUUUGAUGUGCUCAACCCAGAAGAAUCCGUACUGGUUUAUUGACAACAUUCCCCUGAUCUCUCCGAUAGUCUAUUUGAAGUUUACUGGCACUGGGCGCCAGCGCUCUGCUAUAACUGUGGACUUUCAUAGAGAACUUUUCAAGAUCACUGUGCUGAAUAAGAAGGAAGUGGACAUACCAUUGAGCGUGCACCAAGCCACUUUGCCCACGGCGCCGUUAUCCAGCCUGGAUGAAUUCAGUUUCAACGACCAAAUUUCGAUGCAUCGCAUCUACGUGUUUCGCAAUCGGGGCUUUACUGUUAUCUUCGAAAAUAUGAGUUCAGCUGACAGUUUCCAGGCGACCUUAACCCGCUUUGCAAAGCCGGACCUGGGUUUAUUCCAGUCGCAGAAAAAAACCGUGACUUUCUCCGAUCCAGUGCUGGAUGUGACCGAGGUGCAUGACUAUGAUAGCUUCUGGUUCCUGAGCGUCCUCCCUACAGAUCAAAUGGUUCGUUCUGGAGGCACCAAGUACUCAUUUUCUGCAUCCUCUACUGGCUGCUUCGCGUGGAACGAGACUGGGAAGAACUGGGACUAUGCUUGCCAUGCUGCAAGUGGUAGAGUGGUUGCAACGACAAUCACUUGCUACUGCGAGUAUGGGGAAGUUUUCACUGCCUACGUGGAGGACAAUGCGGCCAACUUGGAGGAAAAUCUUCUAAUAGACUUCGCGUUGGAGACCAGGUUUUGCUGGGUUCUUUACAUAACGGUGGCAGCCACUUUCUUCGUUUUCCUCCUGCUGUUUUUCUUCGCCUCCUUUGAGCAGCCGGAUCACCUUUUAGACAGAGUUUUCUUCGUGGGCGACGUGCCCAGCUUCUACCAUUGCGCCUAUGUAGUGGCGAUCAAAACUGGAAAGAAGCGCCACUCUGGAACCACGUCCAAUGUGACCAUCAAGCUCAAUGGGACCAACUCGGACAGUUUGGCCCACGUUCUCAACUACCCAGAUCCAGAACUGGUGAUGUUCCAAAAGAAUACGGAAAUUUGGUUCGUGAUGGCCACUGAGAAGUCUUUGGGAGAUCUUGUGGGGAUGGAAAUUUGGUUCGAUUCGAUUGGAAACGAUACCAACUGGUAUUGCUCCAGAAUUGAGGUCUAUGAUAUUCAAGAGGACAAGUCAUGGCGAUUUGAGGUGAACCAGUGGUUCGACGUCGCGCGUCCCGACCAUCAGAAGUUUCUUCUGACUCCCGCUCCCGUAGGGACUGGAAUGCUGGAGAAAGGAGGAACACGCGUAGUUAAAGCCGUGAAAACCUUGCUGGGGAGGACGAGAAAGGAACUUAAUCUCUGGAAUGUGCUAUCAAAGGACCCGUUAAUGACGCGAAAAGAGAGAUUGGCCCUGCUUUUCCUAACUCUCAUCUCAAUCUACCUCAUUCUAAUGCUCAUGUAUGCCAUACCAAAUUUCGAUGAAUCCGACACGAUCGAUGGGAACACCUUUGGCUUCAAUGCCAAGCUAAUUUGGGCUCCAGUAGUGGCCAAUUUACUGGCUUUCCUGCUCACUUUUCCUUUGAUUUACGCCAUAAAACGCGGAAAAAUAUCGACUUCAAAGGGAAAACGACCGCACAGACUUCUGGCAAUAUCGUCUGCAGUUGUGACGACUGUUUCCUGGGGCUCAGUUGUUUUGCUAUCUACCGCCGGUUUAACUGUGCUGAUUGUUUGCGGCUUCUGGAUUCCGUUCGACACCAGCCUUUUGUGGCUGGUCUCAGCUGCAUUAGCCGUCUGCUUUAACAUGGUCAUUACGCAGAACAUUUCACGACUUUUUUACGGAUUUUUGGUCCAAAUACCCGCGCAAAUCCAGUCAUUUCAAGCGGCCACAAAGCGCUUUAUUCAGUUCGUCGAACUGCAAAGAAGCUGGAUUUACAAGAAGUUUGGCCCUUUGGCGCUCAGACCGUACUUGAGGCAUUUGUAUUUCAGUUUGGAUCCCAUAACUCUGAAGGAGAGAUUCAAAUGGGAAGAGACGAAAGUGGCGAUUUUCGAAAUUUUGGAGGACUUGAUGAUGAUUAGCGUGUAUGUGGCGCUUCUGUACGUGCUGCUGAUGUUUGACCGAGACGAACAAGCCAUUCACAGUCAUAACGAAAUUGAGAAUUUGCUGCUAGGCAAGGCUGUGAACUCGAAGAUUUCCCCUGAUUCCAUUUCACAGAUAGAGGAUUAUUUGGCAGAAGUAUUGCUUCCCACAGUUCAGUCGCUAGAAUGGUAUGGAAACUAUGUUCAGGAGAACCCUGGAAUGACCAAGGAUUUCUCCAAUAAAUAUCUGGGCAUAAUCCGUCUAAGGCAGCAUCGGACCCGGGAAAUAAAAUGUCAGCUUCCAGCUAUCCUGGCAAAGGUCCCCUGGACUUGUCGCCCGGACUUCCACAUGCUGAGAGAAACGAGCAGUUUUUCCAGAGGCUGGAAAGCACCAUCUGAUAUUUCCCAAAUCACCACGGAGCGCAUGGGCAACGUGUGGAAGUACACUGAUAGUAGUUUAUCUGGAUCUUCCAUAUAUUUUGGUGAAUAUGCAGCUUAUCCGGGAGGCGGCUACGUUGCGCCUUUGGGGCGCCAUUUGAGGAACUCCCUGAUCAAUUUGGAGUACUUGAAGAAGCACAAGUGGCUGGAUAUUCAAACCAGGGCGCUUUUUAUCGAGUUUUUGACCUACAACGCGAACGUGAAUUUGUUCAAUGGAGUGACCGUGAUUUUUGAAAUAAAUGCCGCUGGUCAUGUGAGCAAGGAUUUAAAGGUCCAAACCAGGAAGUUUCUCAUGAUAGACCAGGAUAGAGUGUUUACCAAGAAUGUAGUUUCCACCAUCUUUGUGCUGGCGCUUUUAGUGCUGGCGCUGCGAAUCGCCUACAAGAUCCAUAGGAAGAAAACGUUGUACUUUUACGAUGUUUGGGCUAUUUUGGAUAUUGUUAUUGUGUUCCUGAGCGCCUGCUCGAUUUAUCUGUAUUACGCCAGGCAACAUGCGAUCCAGAUCUACAUCGAUGCGGUAUCUGAGGCCAAGAACAACGAUUUUGUGCAAUAUUUUCAGCUGUUUGCUGCGGAUAAUGUUUUAACCGCAUUGUCAGCUACACUGGUGUUUGUGGCGACGCUUCGCUUAUGGAAGCUACUGAGAUUUAUGAUUAUAGUGAAAGUGGCCGAGAAAACCGUGCGGGAUGCUGGAACUUCCUUGCUCUUGUGCUGGGCCUAUCAACUGUUGCUGGUAGUUGCCUUUUCUGCGACUGGGAUUAUGUUCUUUGGCGGAUACUCCCAGAACUUCAAAAACUUCAAUUCCGCCUUCUCCACGCUGCUGCUGUUGAGCCUGAAUUUGUGCGGCACUCUCGAGUUGAACGAUCUGUACAAACAUCCGCUCGGCAUCGCUUUCUACAUACUCUACAUGCUGGUUUCGUUCUUCUUCAUCAACAUCUACAUUGCCAUUAUCAGCUUGUACUAUGCGGACUCGAAGGACUUUUAUGCGGACGAGCCGCGCUUUAUGCAGAAGUUCGUGCAGCAGAAGUGGAAGUUUUAUAAAAACCUGCUGAUGGUUCGUGGAAGAAAAAUGCGCGGUGGAGAAGACGAGAUCAACGAUGAUCGAAUAAUAAAGCCGAAAUCCGGAGAAAGAUAUCAGGACUGUUUCACAAUUGCGAAAAGUCGACUGGAUGGCAUGGCUUUGGUGACAAUUUGCGUAUUGCGGAACAUGGAAGAACAUCGAUCCAUGACCGAGAAGGAUUUUGAUCUGAUGUCGAAAACUAUUAAAUUGCUGCACGAAGAUGAGUCGACAGACAAACAGGUGUUUUUCACCACUGGCGAUUCGCGGCGCAUAACAUUUGUGGACGAUCGGAAAAUCCAGCAAAUCGCCGAUAUUUGCGAAAACCUAGUCCAGUACUGUAUGCGAAAAACGCGAGUUUCCAGACAUUUGCCCCCAUCAUUGAUUGAUGAACGGAUUUCGCGAAUUAACACAUUGAUUGAGAACAUCAGGAUGAUUGAGAGCGUUUUGGGAAACGUGCAAAUUCGCCAUAAGUGACUGAUUUUGUUUCGAUUUUAUUUUGCAUGGUACAGGCAGAUGUAUUGUUUGUGGCAAAUACAUUAAUGUUUCUCAUACCGUUCAGACAAGCGUGUAAUAAACAGCUCAAUCGAUGAAGCGUCUAUAAAAAUAUACAAAUACAUUUUGAAAUUCUUUGGCGUGAGCGUUAAAAGCUUUGAUUUGGAACCAAUUGUUCUAAUGGAACGAAUCUGGCACAUUCCAGAACGCCACAGGAAAAACCGCACAAAACCUGCCAUUUUAAUUCAUUUAUUUUGAAAAUUAAAUUUAAAUACAAAUAUCGAAAAGACCAAAUAAAUCCACGGGGUUAUUUUGU